AGUUUUAAUUGAGAAUAUUAAAAAGAUUUAAUGAAGUUUUACAAUUAUUUUAUUUCUUACUUAAAUUUAGAGUGUAAUUAUUAAUUAUUAUUUAAUUUAAACCAUCCAGUUUUUUUUCUUUUUCUUUUUCGUAUUUACGAGGAGACAGGAGGAGUACUUGACUGAUAGACAGACCUGUGUUUUUCUCUGAACCAGAUCAUGUCCGGCAUCUUCAACUUUAAUAACCCGAAGUUGAAAUACGGACCUUAUUUCCGGUUAUUGACUUCUAUUCUUCAAGUACAACUAAUUACUUUGACAUCAACUUCAUUUCCCGCCGAAAUUAAUUUAUAAUGCAAACAAACUAACAAUGUACAAGAUGUCCUCUUCUUCAAAUCAGUAUUCCUCGUUACUAAAAUUCUGCUGCGAGACCCGAAACCAGUCCCAGGCCAAGAAGCUUCAUUGCCACAUAAUCAAGACCCUAGCUAAUCCUGAACCUUUUCUAUAUAACAAUCUCAUGAAUGCCUAUGGCAAGCUAGGCAACAUAGCAUAUGCGCGCCACUUGUUCGAUGGAAUGCCCCAGCGAAAUUCUUUUUCAUGGAAUACCAUUCUUUCUGCUUAUUCGAAAUCUGGACAUCUGCCAAAAAUGAAAGAGAUUUUCAGUCUCAUGCCAAAUCGAGAUGGGGUCUCGUGGAAUACUAUUCUUUCGGGGUAUGCUUCUUAUGGUUCAGUUAGUGACGCUGUUAAGGCUUAUAAUUCAAUGAUGAGAGAUGGCGUUUUUAAUUUGAAUAGGAUUACGUUUUCAACAAUGCUUAUAUUGGCUUCAAGUCGAGAGCUUGUUGAUUUGGGUAGGCAGAUACAUGGGCAUAUUAUGAAAUUUGGGUUUGGAGGUUAUGUCUUUGUGGGUAGCCCCUUGGUUGAUAUGUAUGCAAAAACGGGUUUAGUUUAUGAGGCAAAGAAGGUUUUUGAUGAGAUGCCAGAUAGGAAUGUGGUAAUGCAUAAUACAAUGAUCACUGGGCUUUUGAAAUUUGGGAUGAUGGAGGAUUCAAAGCGGCUGUUUCAUGGUAUGAAGGAAAGAGAUAACAUUUCAUGGACAACAAUGAUUACAGGGCUUGUACAAAAUGGAUUGGAGGAAGAAGCUAUUGAUUUCUUUAGACAGAUGAGACUAGAUGGGAUAGGUAUGGAUCAAUAUACUUUUGGUAGUGUGUUGACUGCUUGUGGGGGCCUCACGGCCUUAAGAGAAGGCAAACAAGUUCAUGCUUUUAUAAUUAGGAGUGAUUGUACGGAUAAUGUCUUUGUGGGUAGUGCACUUGUUGACAUGUAUUGCAAGUGUAAAAUUUUGCGAUAUGCAGAAGCAGUUUUCAAGAGAAUGAAAUAUAAGAAUGUUGUGUCAUGGACUGCAAUAUUAGUGGGUUAUGGCCAGAAUGGCUUCAGUGAAGAAGCUGUUAAGGUUUUCUGUGACAUGCAGAGAAAUGGAAUUGAGCCAGAUGACUUUACCCUAGGAAGUGUGAUAAGUUCAUGUGCAAACCUAGUCAGCUUAGAAGAGGGUGCUCAGUUUCAUUGUCGAGCUCUAGUUUCUGGCUUGAUCUCUUCUAUAACAGUCUCCAAUGCACUUGUCACAUUGUAUGGUAAAUGUGGAAGCAUAGAAGAUUCUGAUCGCUUGUUCAAUGAGAUGAACUUCAGAGAUGAAGUCUCUUGGACAGCAUUGAUAUCAGGAUAUGCACAAUUUGGAAAGGCCAGAGAGACAAUUGAGUUGUUUGAAAGAAUGUUGGCUCAUGGUCUGAAACCUGAUGCAGUUACCUUCAUAGGAGUCCUUUUGGCUUGUAGUAGAGCAGGAUUAGUGGCAAGAGGACAGCAGUUUUUUGACUCAAUGCUAGAAGAAUAUGGAAUAAUUCCUGUUCCUGAUCACUACACUUGCAUGAUUGACCUAUUUAGUCGAGCUGGAAAGUUAGAAGAAGCCAAAAACUUUAUCAAUAGGAUGCCUUUCCCUCCUGAUGCAAUUGGUUGGGCCACUUUGCUAAGCUCAUGCAGGCUUUAUGGUAAUGUGGAAAUAGGGAAAUGGGCAGGUCAGUCUCUUCUAGAACUAGAGCCCCAGAACCCUGCAGGUUAUAUCUUGCUUUCUAGUAUCUAUGCUGCUAAGGGUAAAUGGAAUAAUGUAGCCGAAUUAAGGAGAGGAAUGCGAGAAAAGGGAGCCAGAAAGGAACCAGGAUGUAGCUGGAUCAAAUAUAAGAGCAAAAUUCACAUUUUUUCAGCAGAUGAUCAGUCAAGUCCAUUCUCUGAUCAGAUUUAUGCGGAGCUGAAUAAAUUAAACCAAAAAAUGAUAGAGGAAGGUUACACACCAGACGCUAGCUCAAUUCUCCAUGAUGUGGAGGAAUCAGAGAAGAUAAAGAUGCUUAACCACCACAGUGAGAAGCUUGCAAUUGCUUUUGGAUUGAUAUUUAUUCCUUGCAGCCUUCCCAUACGAGUAGUUAAAAAUCUGAGGGUAUGUGGGGAUUGUCACAAUGCUACUAAAUAUAUUUCAAAGAUAACUCAAAGAGAAAUACUCGUAAGAGAUGCUGUUCGGUUCCAUUUGUUCAAAGAUGGAACUUGUUCAUGUGGAGAUUUCUGGUAAAAUGAUGUUCUCACUGUCCAAAGCCGCAGGUGGGGAAUCAAAAGCUAAUAUUACCUAGGGUGCUGACAAAGAUCUAUGAUUUGAAGGGGAUUAUGUGACUGCACAGGUAGAUAACUGGAGCACCUGAGUGCUAUUUCGCUGGAUUUAUAAUUCUGGAGGAAUAAAUUUAUACGGUUAAACUAAUGCAAUUUGACUUCAAAAUGCGGGUUCUGCAUCAGAUUGAAGAAAAGUUGUUCAAAGAGAAUUCGUACCGGAUAGUACCUUAGUAUGAAGCUGACAAGAAUUACCUGCAACUUAGUACAGAUCUCAAUUACUUCUGCUACAGGAGCCCAAUCACCAAAAUUCCUUUCUAUGAACUGCCAAGAUGAGAUGCAGAGAAUUUCUGAUUACCCAGGGCGUCUGAUGCAGAGUAGAACUGCAGGUUUAUCUCGCCACAGCUCUGAGGCCUUCAUUGGGGGUGCCCUGGUUUUGACCAGACGCUCCAUUCCAACCUUGUACUCAGGAGUAAGUUUCUCAAUUGAUAUAUUCUCAAUGAAAGAAUAAGGGGCAACUUCGUCGACUACUGGAGGAGGCUGUACACAACCACAGGCUCUAGGUUCAGCUGGCCCAGCUGCAACAAUCCCUUUAAAGAUGUGUCCAUCGUUAAUCUUAAAUUCAGCUAGCGACUGCUCAAGCGCUUUAUCAUAAUUUAUACUAUGAUUACUAGGAUAUUUUGAUGUGCUCUGCAUAUAUUUUGAGUUAAUGGACUUGAAACUCUUGAAGGUGCUUUCAUUUCCAGAUGCUGCGCUGGUCAUUUUCCUUGGCGGGAGUGCAUAUGAUUUGGGCAAUGCCUCUGAACAUGCAAUGGUUCUGUCUGUGAAACGGGCGACAUGACCUCUCUUCAUUCCAAACUGGGAUGAGAGGUCUCCAUUGCUUAAGCUCAAAAGCUCAGGCAAAGAUUUCCCAGAUUCCUCUAGCUUAUCUCCAUACUGCAUAAGCGCACGAUCAUGCAGAUUUGAGCAAUAGCAAAUGGAAAAAGAAACCAACCUUUUGCCGCAGUGUCAUGUUCAUUGCCUCCAUAUCCUCUGAAUUCAUAAUCUUCAAGGUUGGUACAUCAUCCCAACCAUCUUCUACUAACUUCGGGAGCAGCUUUUUUAGGGCUCCAUUCCCUACAAACUCCUCUAUUGAAAAAGAGGCCAUUUUCCUUUCGCAGCAGAGAAAGCAGUACAGACAAUCUUGUCAGUGUAAGAGAUUUUUGGAUGAGAUACAGAAACUGUUAUUGUUGUUAGGCCAACCACUCAGACAUAAAACAGACCUCGAGUAUAAAUACACAAAAUGUGUAAUUAAUGUGCAGUGAUGAUGACGAAACACGGAUUGGCUUAACCCUCUGUCUUGUAUGUGCCUUCCCCAGCCUGGAGACUGAGAAAUCAAUUGGACCAUUCGCUUAGUGAAAAGUUUAACAAAUCCACCCAGAUGGUGACUAUUGACUAAGAUAUUUUUUACCCUUUUUUAUUUAAUUGUCUAAGACUUGGUAAUUUUUUAUACAUAUCAUAUGGUUGAAGUUA